UGCUCCUAACAAGUUGUCCCAUGCGCAGAUGUCUCCGAUAGUGUAAACCGCGAAACAGUAGUUACCGUUUGGUGCGCGCGUAUUGGCCGUCCCGUUAUAUUUAUUCAAUUCGGAUAAAAGCGAACAUGCUAUAGAGGAUUUUAUUAAGAGGUAUUGUAGAAUAUAUUUGCUAUAUUGUUUUGAUACUGACUGAGAAUUUUAUUUAAAAAUAUCUUCCUAAAUUAGCAAAAUUGUUUAUUGAUGGAAAUAUCCGUUCUUCGCUUGAAAUUACGAAAGAGUUGAUUUAGUUUUGAAGAUUUCUGCUAUUGUUUAUAAACUAAUUCAAGGAGAAAGAAUUUUAUGUAAACUUUUUGUAAUAUAUUGUGAUAGUUCCGUUGUGGACGAAAUUGACUUGAAGAUAAUUUUAUUUCAGAUAAAAUAAGUUUUGGAUUGUGAGAUAUUAUUAUUCCGUCAUGAAGCUAAAAAUAUUUGUAUAGUAAAGAAAAAAAAAUCUGAAAUUAAAUCGAGUUUUAACUAGGGAGAACUAAUUCUAGUUUUCACUACGACGGCUUAAGUAUUUAAUAUUCAGUGAUUCCAACGAAAUUCUGUUUGAAAUGAUGUCGAUCGGAAGCAAUAUGCAUCGCAUGCUAAACUCAGGAGAAGAUGCUAGACGUCUGUUAUAUCUUUCUUCUCUUCACCAGUCUUCCCAAAAUCUUAUUUCCGCUCCAAAAGAUGAUAUUCUUGCGGUCAGAAGAAAUCCCUUGGACAUUAGCCAACAAUCCCAUUUACCUCAGCAGCAAAACAGUCAGCGAAUUCAGAGUUGUCCUACGCCAAAUACCUCAACUAACAAACGAAAUGCUUUCGGUGCUACACAGCCAAAUACCGCCGUAUCCCGCCGCAACGCACGGGAAAGGAAGCGAGUUCGUCUCGUAAACUUAGGAUUUUCAACUCUGAGAGAACGAGUGCCACCAGGGGCAAAAAAUAAAAAACUAAGUAAAGUUGAGACACUUAGAGCUGCUAUUGAUUAUAUUGGACAAUUACAGCGCAUGCUGGGAAUGGCUGAGCCACAGUCCUUUGAGGAUAAAAAUUUUCAAAGCAUGCUUUCAGACGAGAAUUAUGGACAGGAUGAUUGUUCUUCGGUGGCAUCUUCGGAAGAAAUUGGUGUUGUUGGAGGCUCUUGUGGACCUUCUGGAGGAUCUGGGGAUCUAUCGCCAGCGUCCAGUCAUCCCUCGGACUAUUCCCUAGUGUCAUCACCCUAUACAAACCAAGCAACUCAAGAUGACCACUUAAUGGACAUUGGCCUUUGGUUUUCGUAAAGAAAAUCUACAAUACUAGAUCUUUCUAUGAAGGAAGAAAUUAGUAUGCAGAUUUGUACAGCAGUAAUACGAAGCGGACCACGCAUCUUCUGUAGCCUGCAACAGAAAAAUUUAAAGUCACUGAAAUUUUCGAGUCUGAGAUCAGUACUUUUAUUGUUAAGCAGAACUUGCACGCACAAUUAAAAAAAAAUUUUUUUUAGAUAUUCCUAAGCAUUUCCAAGACUUGUUUAUUGAAUAGGACUUAUUGUGACUAAAAUACGGGAAGUUUGUCGAUUGAGGCACGGUCUACUUGAGAUAUUUUGGGAAGAUAAUGAAAUGUUAUUCUAUUUAUGCAUCCAUAUUUUGAGAACAUUUACAUUUCUUUAUUUUUCAAUGAAUGUUAGAGAUUACAAGAUGUAUCUAGAAAAGUUUAACUCCAUCCGAAUAUUAGUUACAAUAUAUUGUAAAGAAUUCUAUCAUGAAGUUAAUGUUAAAUAGCAUGCAAGAAAUAAAGCAUUUCUAAAAUUCUUGUAUUUCUUCAAUGACAGUUUUGUUACUAAAG